AUGGACGACGACGGGCCCACUUCUUUCCUGACCUUGAGACGAAUCAACCCCAGAGCACCUGUGUUCAAGCAGAAACUGCACGUGUGCACCACGAUUUCGACUGGCCAUCAGACAGCUCGGCAGCACACCAUGCCUGAGUCCUCACCUGCGCCCCAUGCAUCGCGCAUCGCCAUCAAGUUUGGGUCGACGCCAGCCGCCGCAGCCUCAAGAUCUGCAGGCACACUUCAGAAGACGAAGCCGCCAUCGACGCUAGGCAAACGACCGCGACCACAUGCCCUCGGAGGAGAGUCCGAAUCUGAGGACGACGACGGCCUAGGGAAGCAUGAGGCUGUCACAAGCUUCGGGGCACAUGGCGCAGAACAUAAGGACAAGUCGGGGCUCGGCAGAGCAGGAAAAUCGGCGACAGCGAACUCCCAGGCACCACUUGUAAUCGGCGGACACAAGAAUCGAGAUUGGAAGGCGGAGGCUCGGUCGCGCAACACGACAGUGACAACCAGCCCGGCGCAGUCUGCUGAUGCGCCAGGCAGCGCCGUGCAGGACAAAGAACUGCCAGACCACGAAAAAGACAUACAAUGGGGCCUAAGCGUGUCCAAGAAGGACCAUGCCGCCGCCACAACGGGUGACUCGGUCUCACUUGACGCCGACGUCUCAACGAAAGAGUCACCAAAUGACCAAGUUCCUACAGAUGAGAACCAGGAUGCUAUCGAUGCUCUGAUGGGGAAGCGACGCAAAAUCGGACAAGAUAUUGUCAUUCCGAGCGACAAAUCAGAAACACUGAUAUCUGCUCCCGUGAGCGAGGAUGAUUCCUACCGUCGUGCCAUCGAAGCAGCCGCAGAAGUCUCCACCAUAGACGAGUACGACCGAAUACCCGACGGAGAGUUUGGCGCGGCAAUGUUACGCGGUAUGGGUUGGAAGGGAGAAGAGAGAGCUCCCAAGGCCAAGGAAGUCAAGCGCAGGACACAAUAUAUGGGGCUCGGGGCCAAGGAAGACCAGGAAAUCAAACAGGCAGAAACGGCCAAACGACACGGAUAUCGAGAACGCCGCCCUCGCCUCGAAGAAUACCGAAGCACCAAGGACAAGGAAAGACAAGACAGGGGCGACCGCCACCGCGAUAGCUACAAGUCGGAGCGUGAUCGUGAACGGCACAGAGACGGCUACGACCGUCGGGGUGGCGAUCGCAAUCGCGACCGUGACAGGCACCGGCAUGAUGAGCAGCGAAGCCGGCGAUGA